AUGCGUCGUGGCGAUGAUGAAGCUUCUUCAAUUAGGACACGAAUCAUUUUGCCUUCUUCAUUCAAUGGUGGUAGAAGUUAUAUGUUUAACCGUUGUCAGGAUGCCAUGAGCGAGAGCAAAAUUCCCAUCGCUGAUCGUCCUGAUAUCUCUUGUCGUGUGUUUCAUGCCAAGUUGAAGUUCCUGCUUAGCGAUAUCAAGGAAGGUGUGCUUUUUGGUCCACUUAAUGCAGGUGUGACAGUGAAGAUCAAUGAUGUUGAUAUUGAUAACAGAUUUGUUGUGACCUAUAAUCCACUGCUGUUAAUGAAAUAUCAAGCUCACAUAAAUCUUGAGUUCUGUAACAAGUCAAACGUCAUUAAGUAUCUUUUUAAGUAUGUCAAUAAGGGUCCGGAUCAGGUGACUGCAAUUGUUGGAGAAACAUAUGAUGUUGGUGAAUCUUCUCAUGUGGUUGAUGAGAUCAAACAGUAUUACGAUUGUCCUUAUUUAUCACCGUCUGAAUCCAUAUGGAGAAUUUUUGCUUAUGAUAUUCACCAUAGAUGGCCAUCGGUACAGAGGUUGACUUUUCACUUGCCGAACCAUCAACAUGUUGUAUUCGAUGAUGCUGAUAUCACUACUCAUGUUUAUUUGCGCAACAAAGAUUUGCUGACAAUGUUUACGAGUUGGAUGAUGGCCAACAGGCGGUUCCCGGAGGGGCGGUCUUUAACAUAUGUUGAAUAUCCAGGCAAAUUUGUUUAUUGUUUGAAUAGCAGGGAGUGGAAGCCAAGACAGAGGGGAUUCUCAAUUGGAAGAUUGAUUUUCGCUCAUCCCUCAUCUGGUGAACUUUUCUACAUGCGGAUGCUUUUGAAUGUGCAGAGAGAUGAUAAGGAGUAUGUUUCUGCUAUUAAGGAAGUCGCUGAGUUAGCGUCAGCUGCACAGCUAAGGAGGCUUUUUGUGAUGUUGUUGCUAUCUGGUUCCAUGGGAAGACAUCUGUCAGUUUGGAAACAAACUUGGGCUUAUUUGUCUGAUGAUAUUCUUUAUCGCAGAAGACAUGAGUUGCAAUAUCCCGAUCUAACGAUGAGUCAGGACGAGUUGCAAAUAUUUUGUUUGUUGGAGAUUGAGAAACUAUUACAGAAUAAUGGAAAAUCAUUGAGAAAUUAUGCUGGCAUGCCGGUUCCUAAUAACUCUUUAGUCUCUCAAUUUAGCAAUUUGAUGCUGUUGCGUGAGUUGCAGUAUGAUAUUGUUUCUUUGACUCGUGAGCACGAUGCAAAUAUCUUAAAGUUAAAUGAAGAACAGAGAGUGAUCUAUGAUAAAAUUAUUGAUUGUGUUUCAAAUAAGAGGCACGGGUUCUUUUUUGUGUACGGGUUUGGUGGCAUUGGAAAAACUUUUUUAUACAGAGUUUUGUCAGCUAGAUUGCAAUCUGAGAAAAAGAUUGUUAUAAAUGUUGCUUCUAGUGGUAUUGCUUCUCUGUUGUUACCCGGUGGUAAGACGGUGCAUUCUAUGUUCAAUAUUCCUGUUGAGCUUAUUGAAGACACUGUUUGUCGGAUUAAGAAAGAUAGUCCAAAAGCUGAGGUAUUCCGAUUGACCGAUUUGAUUAUUUGGGAUGAGGCACCGAUGACUAACAAAUUAGCAUUUGAAGCGCUCAAUAGGACGUUGCAUGAUAUAAUGGUUUCGGUCUCUAAUAGGAAUAAAGAUUUACCUUUUGGUGGGAAGGUGGUCGUUCUUGGUGGUGAUUUCAGGCAGGUCUUGCCAGUUAUUCCAAAAGGUUCUCGUGCUGAGAUUGUGAUGGCUUCCAUAAAUUCUUCUAUCCUCUGGAAAUACUGCGAAGUUUUGCGACUGACAAAAAAUAUGAGGUUAGCAAGUGGAUUGGAACAAUCAACUGCUCAGGAGUUAAGGUCGUUUUCAGAUUGGAUACUUCAAAUUGGUGAAGGUCGAUCUGGAACUAUGGUCAAUGAUAAACUUUUUGUUGAUAUUCCUUCUGAUCUAAUCAUUCCUGUUUUGGAAAAUCCAGUGGAAGAUAUUGAUAGGGCAAUAUUGGCUCCAACUGUCGAGAAUGUUGAAGAGAUAAACAAUUAUAUAGUUAACUUGUUGCCCGGUGAGGAGAGAAAUUAUCUCAGUGCUGAUUCGAUAUGUGGUAGUGAUGCCUAUUCUGAUGUUGAUGUUGAUUGGAUAAAUGUUGAAUUCUUGAAUCAGAUUAGGUGUUCUGGUCUACCUAAUCAUUCGUUGAAGUUUAAAAUAGGCAUGCCUAUUAUUUUGUUGAGGAAUAUUGAUCCAGCUGGGGGUUUGUGUAAUGGGACUCGACUUGUUGUGCGAGAUCUAGGGACAAAUAUGAUCGGUGCAGAUAUUGUUUCUGGUAGCAAUGUUGGGGAUAAAGUUUUUAUCACCAGAAUAAAUUUGAUUCCCAGUGAUAUGAUUAUACCGUUUAAAUUCCAACGCUGUUAA